UUUUCUGGCGUGUCAGCGUGUGUCGGUGUCACCAACCCACAACACACAAACCAGUACCAAAAAAAUUGUUAGAAAAAUUUUUUUUUAAUUUUUUUUAGUUCCUCUUGUUAUUUAUCACGAUAUAUUAGUUUCGUCUGUCGAUUAUCAUUUUUUCACUAUUUGGACUGUCGGUCUUGUUUGAUCGGUGUGUCCGUGUUUUUUUUUGCCAUUUGCUCUAAAAUUACAUUGUUGUUAUUUCACAUCAAACAGAAUGUCAAAAAUGGUCGAAUUUCAUUCUCCAUUCAUCGCAAUUGUAGCCAUUGUUGUUACAAUGAUGGCAAAUACUGUGUAUGGUCAAUAUCAUGGAUAUCGGCCAAAUUAUUCACCAAUGGCUUUUUCACCAUAUCAUCCAGCACGCAUAAAUCAUGAAACAUUGCCAAUAAGCCAAGCUGAAUUUGCACAAUUGGUUGCUGAAUCAAUGGCUACUAGUAGUGGUCCACAUCAUCAUCAUCCGCCAAAUACUGAUCAUGAUUAUGAAGGACCGGAACAUUGGACAAAAGAAUCAGACAAGAAUCCUCAUAGUGGACCAGAAAUAAUGCGCGAUGAACAUCAUCAUCAUCACCACCAUCAUCAUCAUCAUCAUCCAAUGUCAUCUGCACCAAGCGCUUCUCAUCAAGAAUCUCCAAUGUAUCAACAUCAAUCAACCGAUCACAACGAACGUUAUGCAGCCGGAUCUAUACGAUCAUCUGCAUUGCCACCAUUACCACCCUCAAUGCAUAAGCCACAUUCUCAUUAUCAACCAGAAGAACGGGGUCCAAGUGAUAUAAUGAGCAGCGGAAGUCAUCACGAUGAGUAUUCAGAUGCACAUCGUACUCCAGUAUUCGAAACCGGUUAUACACCAGAUCCAGAAUCAAUGAGACAUUUGUCAUUGAGAGAGAGCGAUAUGGAUGAUAAUGAGCCACAAACGCAUAUUUAUGGUGGGCGUCCAACUCCUGAAUCAGAGGCUUAUCAACAGCAUCAAAACCCUGGCCAUGCUCCAAAAUACGAAGCAAUCAAUAUGGUAGGCAUAUCAAAUUAUCCACGGGAACAUGAUGAAUAUAGACCUGCUGGCAGUCUAGAUUCAGAAGAACAUUCACCAGUUGGACAGCCAAUUCACGGACCAAACGAUCCACCUCCGUUAGCAUUCCAUCAAGAUUUCUCUCGUCAAUACCAUCAUGCUCAAGUUCCUCGACAUCCACCUCCCCAUUUUAAUAGACCAUCAUACCAUCAUCAUGGUCCAAUGCAUGCAAUGCAUUCGCAUCCCCAUCCACGAAUGCUCAUGUCUGGAAGACAUCCUUCUUCACAUUUCGAUCCACCAAGGCAUCAUCAUCGAAUGCCACCAGUUGAUCAUUACAUGUCUGCCGAUUCAUCCACAAGCAAUGCAAUAGCUGUGGUUGUUCCAACGGUUGCUGCCGAUACAGUGACAACUACAACAACUAUCCAAACGGCAGGCCAAAUGGAUUCAAAAUAAACUGAAUAAAUAAACGAAUAGGGAAAUAAAGUGUUAAAGUGUUA